GGUAUCUAGGAUAUAAAACCAUCAGGGUCUGAGCCUAAAUCAUUGGGGGCUAAUGUAGGGAUUUUGAAUAAGUUUGUAAGGGGAUUUUUUUAAAGGAAAACAUGCCUCACAUUAAAAAAUGUAUGCAAUAUAGUUUAUAAGCAAACACAAAAUACAUUUACAUUUAUUCUUCUCAAGGAAAAUAUGCUUUGCAUGAACACAUUAAUGCAAUAUAUUAUGAAACACAAUUCAUCAUAUCACCAAAUUGAAAGAAGAUUUGUUUGUUUCUUGUCACACGCCAUUGUAUUUCAGAAGUAUUCUCUGCCCUCACACUGUUACGUUUUAUUUUGUAGAGCAGCUCAACUACAUGGUGAUGUUUCAAGGAUAGGUUGAAAUCAGUCACGUGCUGUGUAUAUGUGCGUGCCUGUGUGUAUGUGUGUCAGACUCUGCGCGUGUGGCAGAGAGGCUGCAAUCAGCAUCGUCGUGUACACAGCGUCAGCAAUGCAUUUUAAACGUCCAGUUAACUGAAUUCCUAUUAUUAUAUUUCCAUGCCAAAACACUUGGGCCUAGAUAACAAACAAUCGGGGCUAGAGCGACGCCCAGGGUCUGUUGUAUGAAGGUCUGGCUACGCGAGACUAUUCCAUUUGUGAACGGAGGUCCAAACGCAUACAGUUCCCUUCAGGGCUCAGCCCUUCGAAGGGAGUAGGGCAUAGGGAUGCUCACUUAGGUUUGGAAAAUCGCAUAAAUUCUACUUUUGAAUACAAUAAGGACGGAUAGUAUGCUGAUUGGAUCGCAAGGGAUGAGGAUUCAAAAGACCGCAGGCAGAGGACUUUUAAUUUGAUAUUAUGUAUCGUCGUUGUGCCGUGACGUCACGAACAUGCCGCGAGAAUGUGGAGUCACGUUGUUUGAAGCGGGCGAGUGUGUUUCAUGAGCACGGAACAGUGUGCAUUAACUAAGCCAUACAAUGGAGGAGAUUUCAAAGCAAGACAUCCUUUUUCUUGAGCUAAGACAAAAGUUACAACGUGGCAUAUUAUUCAUCCGGACGGACAUUGCUGGGGUUGGUACAGAUGUGAAGAUAGAGUCCAGAGAAGACUCCAUCCUAAAUAUCCAGACACCUGAGCGGAUUUAUCAAAUGAUGCUACCAGGUGUCAGACUAGUGGAUGCAUCAUGUCAGAGAAUUCCAGAGAUCACUGAACAUGGAUCCCACAUUAGGCUGUGUGUGCGGUUCAACCAACCAUUAGAGAAUGCCAGCAGUGUGAUUGGACAGCUGAAGGUUAAGGAGACAUACUCCUUUCUGUGCCAAUCUUGUGGGUGUAAGGUGCUUCAAAACAGGGUGUUUAAGCGAGUUCUUCCUUUGCCUAAUGGAAACUGGAACGCUUUGGUGGAUGACUGGUGCUGCCACCCUGAUCCCUUCGCCAACAGAAAACUGCUCCCACGAGAUGAGGACUGUCUACUUGGUGACACAUACAUUCUGUUGACCCGGGACAGCGGCUGUGAGCAGACCCUCACACAGCAUGCCAAUUCAAUUUUCAAAGACUCUCAAGAGCAGAAGCUCAGCGGACAGCGUGUGUCAGUCACCUGUAGGCACUGCUGUACAACACUGGGAGAGGAAAUCACUUCAGAGGUGCUGAAGCUUUACAUAACUGAAAUAUUAGUGGAGCCAAGUAAAGAUGUGAAGUGUGAUGAAACUUCACAAAGUUUAGUGCCCGAGUUCAAUUCAACAAGGUUAACAAGACAGCAAUUCUUGGAGCGAACUAUAGCCUCCAGGCUGGUCGAACUUUCAUCUGCACAAAGUAUAUUUCGGUUUUCCAUUCAAAAUCCAGAUGGAAAAGCCAUGAUUUUGCUGUGGCUUCUGAACACUGACACUCUGGUCGCCUCAUUUCCUGAUGCAGUGGUAAGCUUCGUCGCAGAUGACGUUCGUUUUGAAGCGAGUCACCGAUGCCAGGCAGUUGGAGCUCUCAAAGUCUUAUAUUUCUUGUGCUCUGACAGCAAACACAAAGAUACUAUAGAUGACUGGGAGAAGGAUAUCAGUGUGCACCCUUUGCUGCUUCCUCAGAGCUCUUGUGAGGUGCUCCAGACACUUUUGAUCUCCAGCACCUCCAGGCUGCCUCCAUCUGUGCGCUACAUGAACUCAUAUAAGGUGGCAUACUUAGGAUGUGAUAAAUACAUCUCAAUAACACAUUGAUCCAAAUGGUUCAAAUGGUCUCCAGUUUCUCAUCAUAUACAUUAUCUGGAAGCUUUUCCUUAAGUAGACUUUUAAGGGCUGUAAACAUGUUACAUUGCAAGUUGAUAUUAAAAAUGUUUUGUGCAAAACCCUG